AUGGUUGGGAACAGCAGCGAUGCUGUAUGGCGAGUAAUGGAUGUUUAUCCACAAACGGAUUUCCCCGACAAUUGCAAAAAGGCUAUCUUGAACUCCGCCGUAGGAAACCAAUGUAAUUUUCCCCCGCGAAGGGGACUCACUUGUACGGUUUUUAACAAAGAGUUGCCACAUGGCACCAUGGUGAGCGACUUGAUUGAUACCCUUAAAGAGCGAGCAUUUCAGAUCUUCAGACCUACGAACUCCAAUGGUAUAGGCCUUCACAAGACCUAUGUUGACGAUGAGAGUUGCAAUUCGAGCCACGGCCAUGCAUACAGAUUCUCCGGUAUUGGCAUUAAUGAUGGAGCCAUAGUAACUGCACGGCCAGAUCAAUGUUUGUAA